AUGUCCAAAAUCGCAUCUACCUUCUCGCGCCUGGUGCGCUUUGUCCCCAAAUCGAACCCCACCAAGGUUCUAAUCGGAGAGCCCGUGGAUCCCAAGUUGGAUGUCGGUUUGGCUCUCUAUCAGGGCAAGGAGGUUUCAGUGCGCCCGUUCUCUGGAACUUCAGUCCUGAGCCCUGGCCAAGUGACUGAUGCGACGGAGACCAUCGAGCGCAUUCUGUCCCCUUUGGCGCAGAGCGAAGUUGGAACUAUUCGCUGUAUUGGCUUGAACUAUGCCUCCCACGCGAAAGAGAUGUCUCUCCCGAUCCCCGAAGUCCCGACAUUGUUCAUGAAGCCGGCCGCCUCUCUGGCGGAUCCUUGGCCUGCGCCAACAGUUCUGCCCAAGAUUACGCAGCAGGACAAAACCGGCGAUUACGAGUCUGAGAUGGUUAUUGUCAUUGGUCGUGAUGCUAAGGACGUGCCAGAGUCCGACGCCCUCGACUACGUUCUUGGUUACACAGCUGCGAACGAUGUUUCCAGCCGCACUUCCCAGAUGAAUCAGAGCCAGUGGUCUUUUUCGAAGGGUUUUGAUGGCGCAUGCCCAAUUGGCCCCGUCCUCGUUUCCGCUGCUCUCGUCCCCGAUGCCAGCAAGCUCCAUAUCCGUGGUCUUAAGAACAGCAGAGUGAUGCAAGACUGUCCCUUAACCGACCUGGUCUUCAAUGUCGCCCAGUUGAUCGCCUUCCUCUCCCAAGGCACCACCCUGCCUGCUGGUACAAUCAUUUUGACAGGUACCCCACCUGGUGUUGGCGCAGCCAAGAAGCCGAGUGAAUUCAUCAAGGCUGGCGACGAGUUCGCUGUUGAGCUGCUGCCCCACGUUGGAACACUUAUCAACAAGAUCGAGAACCAGUAA